GUGGCGCGGGAAACGAACGGGCUGAGUCCGCGUGCAGCUGCAGCUCCCACUUUGUUCACUGCAGAGCAUCUGCACGGAGUGUUCGCGUGUCUGCGUGGGACACGAUCACUACUGAAAAUGCCUUUCACCCGCUCCAAGAGAGUUGCAGUCCAGCCUCCUGCCACCAGGAUGAGUCUGAGGAGCUUUCGCAGUGUCCCUCUGGUUCCAAUGGAGACCUCCUCCUCUUCCUCAGACGACAGCUGCGACAGCUUUGGCUCCGACGGAGGUUUUGCCAAUACGAGGAGCAGCUUGAGACCGAUGAGGAGGACUCCGCAGAAGCCCAAGAUGCCUCAAGCCUCUUCAGAGGAGGACACCUGCAGUGGUUUUGAGGAGAAUGUGAUCAGCAGGCGGAUGCAGAAUAUAAACGUAAACGCCAAACCUUCAGGAAGGGGUCGAAGGUCAAACGUCCUGAAGGUUGCUUUGACUUUUCCUGCAAAGAGGACUGACAGGAAGAGGCCUGCAUCGGAACCUCUGCCUCAGGUCAGGGAGCAGGAAUCGGACUCCGAGGGAGAAGAGGAGAACUUCAUGAACAAGAGAGCUCUGAACAUCAAGGAGAACAAGGAAAUGCUUGCAAAACUCAUGGCAGAAUUAAAAAAAGUACCCGGAAUUUUCCCUGAUGGACGACUGGGAAUUUCAGCAUCGACUACGCCCAGACGUGCACCCCGAACCCCAUCAGGAACCCCGAGAGCGUUCAGGAGAAACCCAGAGCGCUCGUCCCGCCCCCACACACGCUCCCGCUCCCUGGUGGACGGACCCCCCUCCCCUCCUCCUGAAGAAGACUCUGAGGACAAGUACAGUCUGGUUCGCAAAAGUCGCUACUACGAGGAAGUCGACGAGCCUCCUCGCCGGCGGACCUAUAGCGGCAUGAAGGCGAUCCCUCAUGUGGUGCGGCCCGUUGAGGAGAUCAGCGAGGUGGAACUGCAGAACAUCUGCCACAACGUGCGGGAGAAGGUCUACAACAGCUCCACCGGAUCCACUUGUCACCAGUGCAGACAGAAGACCAUCGACACCAAAACAAACUGCCGUAACCCGGAGUGCGUUGGUGUGAGGGGGCAGUUCUGCGGCCCGUGUCUCCGGAACCGCUACGGCGAGGAAGUCCGAGACGCUCUGCUGAAUCCUGAGUGGGAGUGCCCCCCCUGCCGGGGCAUCUGUAACUGCAGCUUCUGUCGUGCACGGGAGGGCCGCUGCGCCACAGGAGUGCUGGUUUACCUGGCGAAAUACCACGGUUACGACAAUGUGCACGCCUACCUGAAGAGCUUGAAAAAAGAACUGGAAGAGGAAAACAGCAAGUGAAACCCAGACGGGCCGCAGCAGAACCAGAACACAAACAGCUGCCACACAAAAAAACCCUUUUGUUUUAAGAUGACUGACAUUUUAAGGAAGCCUCUAGAUAUUUCUCUCUUAAAACUGUGUUUGUUGUUCUACUGAUUGUUCCUUUUUUACCACAUUACAGCUGAUGUACUGUAAAUCGAGAUGAUCUGCUGUUUUGAAAAAUGUUCUGAUCGUUCUUGUAAAAUAUUCCUUCAUAGCUUUUAUAUUUUCUGCAGCUUCAGGCAUUUUUAGGUGAGUUCUUGUAUACAUUGUUUUAAAUGUAAUCAUCCUCCAGAGAUCACAGUUUGAGAUUUAUCUUUAAACCAGUUGAUUUUUAUUUUCAAAAUAAUCCUUUGAUAGAAGAGUAAUCUGACUACUCUAAUAUGGGGGAGUUGAAAAGGGCACAGACUGAGGUCCACCGAUUCCCUCGACUAAAUCCAGAGCUGUGAUAUACUACAGCGCCUGCUUAAAUAUCCUUCAUUAGAUAACUGUCACUAAUGGUGUGGAAACAAUUAGCAGACUUUAAUGGGAAUCUCGUACCUGUAAAUCAUUUGAUCCAGUUUUAAGCACGUUCUCGCUCUGCUCCAGUCUCUCCGGCUCAUUUUCCGCCGUUCUCUGGUUGAAGGUGCUAUCAAAGUGCAGGUAGAGUUAUGGCCCGCGUUCUCCACGCAGAAGUCAGCUCCUCCAUUCCUGCCGACACGGCGGUAACCUUUGUGACGAUCGUCUCCGGGAUGCUCUUGCUUUGACCUGAGCUUUGAUCGAACGGUUUUGUUUUAUGAUUCUGUAAAAUAUUCCAAAUGAUAUCGAAUCUGCUGUUAAUACUUUUGCAUUAAAGAGUUAAUAAGUGAA